AAUUCAGUAGAACAGAGCAGGGCCACCCAAGAUACAUAUUCUUCCCCCAUUUUUCUAGCUCUAUAAAAAGGACAGAAGCCAACUCCUCUUUCACUCCUCUGUUUCAAACUUCAAUACAAAUAAAUACAAAAACACAGAAUAAUACAAAGAUAUGACUACAAAGAUCAGAGCAGCCCUUGUGGUGGUGGCACUGGCUGCACUCUUACACACUGCAGUGGUGGUGGCACAGACUACUCAUGUUGUUGGUGAUAGCUUGGGGUGGCUGGUGCCUCCCGGCGGCCCCAUCGCCUACGCCACCUGGGCUGAUACCCAGACUUUUGUGGUUGGCGACAUAUUAGUGUUCAAUUUCACUACUGGAGAACAAGAUGUAGCUAGAGUUAGCAAGGAAAGUUUCGAUUCCUGCAACUCCACCAACCCAAUCUCCCUCAAAACAACUGGUCCGGCCAACUUUACUUUGGACACGGUGGGGGAUUACUAUUUCAUUGGCACUAUGGACAGGCACUGCCCAUUGGGACAAAAGCUAGCCAUUAAGGUGAUUGAUUCUUCUUCAGGGCCCAGUCCUCCUCCUUCUCCACGCUCGCCGGUGACCUACACUGUAGGAGACAUAUUGGGUUGGGUCGUCCCUCCUCUUGGUGAAGUUGCCUACUCUACUUGGGCUUACAACAAGAUCUUCAUCGUCGGCGACAGUCUCGUUUUCAACUUCAUCAACGGAACACAGGACGUAGCGGUGGUGACAAAGGAGGCUUACGACUCCUGCAACACCAGCAGCACCAUCGCCGUCUACGCCACCAGUCCAACGACCAUCACUCUCACCACCACCGGCAUGCACUACUUCACUUCCACCUACGAGCUCCACUGCGGCUUAGGUCAAAAGCUAGCCAUUAACGUCAUCGCCAAAAGCACCACCCCAUCUCCGUCAGGCGCAGCCACUCCACCAUCCAGCUCCGUCGGCGCUUCUCCCAGUGCAGGUGGACCCACAGCUCCUCCCCCAUCCAGUUCAGCCCCGUCCCAGAUCGUCGCCGGAGCUAUCGCUUUGUUAUCUAUUGCCGUAGCUUUCCUGCACUAAAUUCUAGCAUUUACUCUUGUUGAAAUUUAUAUACCAUGACUUUGUCUUUCAA